AUGAAAGGCAAAAAAUGUGGGCUUUUUUGUCAAAACUGUUUUGAAGAAGAACGGCCAGACAAAGAUUUCACUAUCACGGAGUUCAUGACACACUGUGCCGAUCACUUCAUCAAAAAGUGGUUGGUUUUUUCUUCUCUAUAAAAGCUGUAUUGAAUCACAGUCGGCUCGAGCUGUAAUUUUUUUAUUUUUUUUAUUUGAAUAUUUGAUCCUCUGUCAAUUAAUAUAAUGUCGUGUUCAAGUAAUUUCCGCAAAAGGCAAAAUUAUCUCCGACUCUCCUCAUUUAUCUUUUUCCCUCUCUCUGACGGCUAUUUUGCAUUUCGCGGAAUCACUCUGAACACGGCAUAAGAAAUUGUUGCUUCAGCCCGAAAAAAGGAGACAUUUUCCCGUUAAUAUGUCGCGACUGCGGGAAAUCUUUCGUCAUCUUUGACAGAACGUUUACAUGCACAGCUGUAAGCGUAAUGAAAUUUGUUUAAUUUCCUUUUUUCUUUCAGAAAACACGUCACAACUUGCAAGUCCAGAAGUUCGACGAGAACGACCAUGCAGAUUUCCUGAAGUUUUGCAAUAAAAACACAUUGGAAUGCAGCGGUAUGUUCUUUGUUGGUUCGCGUGUGAGACUUGAAGGAAUUAUGAUAAGACUGAAUGAGAAAACUAAAGAGUUUCCUGACUUGUUUUCAAACGAAUUUUCAAAGCUAAGAAAGCAGCGAAAACUGUCGAAGUUGUAAAAAUCAAAAACGAAAUUUACUUUGAAAAAAAGUUUUCAUCGGUGUUGUCUUUGCAAUACGACUAUUUUUUUGGAAGUUCUGGUUUUAAAUGUUCAAAUUUAUAUGAAUUUUUCUCACAGAGGACGGUUGCAAAAGGGAUAAAAUCGCAUCUCUCGGCACUGUGGAUCCGUGAGUUACAUUUUUUUUUCCCCUGACACUUCUAGUUCAUGGUUUCAUUAUUAUUCUAAAUUAUUACAUAUUCUCACAAAAUUUUGGUGCAUUGGCUCUUUUUAGUAAAUGUCCAUUUUUCACGAAUUUUGACUAACGACGGAUUUCAACUUCAAUGUAGUGCUUAUAAUUAUAUUUUUGUAUAUGUUUGUGUGUGCGUGUAUACGAAAACGGUUUAAUAACUAAAAUUUCUUGAUUGGGGAUCAUUUUUUAAUACUCAACAAACUAGCGUUUGCAAACACCAAACUUUCCUUUCUAAUCUAAAAAAACCAGCCCUUUUUGUAUUAAUCAGGGUUUUUAAUAUUAUAAGAUAAGGUCUUUGAAUGUGAUCUCCGAGACAAAAAAAUAAUAAAUAAUGGGAGCAAGAAGACAAAAAUUUGGCGUAAAAUGUGGUGGCCCCGAUGCACCAAAAGCAAAGUAAGUAAGGAAUUUGACUGUAAAAUGACAUGAAUGAUCAAAAAAACAGUUUUAAAAAAAAUCGGAAAUAUGAAGUUUCGCUAUUUCGGACAUUUUUUAAAAUCAUUGUUCAGUUACGAAUUCUUAUCGUUUUAUGCUUCUUUUUUAUCUGCCCGGUAAUGCUACGCAAAGUUUUCGCUUUUUUUUAAAAUCGUUCUUAAGCUUUUUUUUCAUUCAAAUAGAUUUAUUUAUUUCUUUUCUCGAUCUCGUCUUGAAUUCUCUCGAUCUCGUAUUGAUUCUCAAGACGAGCUUGCUCUCGCCUCGAAAUUUUUUUUGAGAAAAUUUUUUGUCUCAAUCUCAAAAAAUCACAUCUCGUGCAUCCUUUAUUGGAGCGGAAAACAGACUCGAAUCAAUGGAAAAUAGAACUGUGCGCAAUAAGAGUCGAAAUUGCUCCCAUUUGAGGUUUAAGAUCAACCUUUUUUUUUCAAAUUUUCUUUGAACUUAUGUUUGCUGGUUUUGUAUGAUUUUUUUUUCAACUUUUUUCCUCAUGCCGAAUCGAUAGCGUUGACCAUUUAAAAUGAAACCUCUCUUUGACAGAUUGAGUGAUAGCGCACGUCUACUGCAAGAUCCUCAACCUCGAGAGAGAGCCCGACAGCGACAAAGUGUAGCGAGAUCAAAGUCGCCCUCGAUGCACUCAAUGACAACUCGCUCGAGGUCUCGAGAGAAAUCAGUGGCUUCGCGAUUAUCGAUGUCUCCUCGCUACGUGUUUUCGUCGUCCGAGGAAUCUGAGCAGGAGACGUCGACGAAAAAGAAGACGUCUGAAAAAGGAAGCAAGCCACGUGGUCGACCACCCAGGUCAUCAAGAACUCCUGAGCCAACAACCUCCGCCAAAGGAAGAAAAACUAACGCGGAAGAGGACACGGGGGUGAGUUACUCCAGAUUUUCACCUAAAACUCAUAUUUUGACUGGAGAGUGCACAAAGGAAAAACCAAGACGGUAGCUUGAUUUUUUUUUUUUGGCAUUGAACCAACAAGACCGCAUUGUCAUAGUUAGUGAAAUUUUUAAUAUUUAAACAUAGCAAUUGAUGCCGUUAUAAUGUAGUAGAAAUUUCCGUUUUCCCUCGUUUUAAUUAAAUAAAAUGUUUCGAGUUUGAUAAAAUAAUUAGUUUCACUUGAAGUUGAGUCUAAUUUUUCCUUUUUAUUUUUACCGUUCCUUGUGAUAUAGUCGAUUUUUUUCGUAACAGAACGCCUUCUCAAAAAAGUUUCGCAUUCGUUAAAUUCAAAAAAACGUUUGGGUCUUACAAUGAAGCUUUUUCUGAACUUUUCACAAAAAUUGAAGAUUCAGUCCGGGGGUUUUUUUUUCGCUUACCUGAAAGUUUUAUUACCGACAUUUCUGUGCAUUGGGAAAAUAUAUAUGCAAAAGUUUUUGGCAAUGUAAUUUUGUUUUUAGGCGAAAAAACCAAGUGCGGAGAAACCGGAGGCGAAAAAACCGGGGGCGAAAAGAUCUGAGUCGAAAGAACCGGAGACGAAAAGACCGGGGGCGAGAAGAUCUGAGUCGAAAGAACCGGAGACGAAAAGACCGGGGGCGAGAAGAGCUGAGUCGAAAGAACCGGAAGCGAAAAGACCGGGGGCGAGAAGAGCUGAGUCGAAAGAACCGGAGGCGAAAAGACCGGGGGCGAGAAGAUCUGAGUCGAAAGAACCGGAGACGAAAAGACCGGGGGCGAGAAGAGCUGAGUCGAAAGAACCGGAGGCGAAAAGACCGGGGGCGAGAAGAGCUGAGUCGAAAGAACCGGAGGCGAAAAGACCGGGGGCGAGAAGAGCUGAGUCGAAAGAACCGGAGACGCAAGAAGUUGUGCCUCCGACACCGCCAGCACCAUCGAGAGGCCGUCCGUUGGCAAGAAGGUCGAACGCUUUUUCUGCGCAGGACAAGGCCGUGCCGUGCCGACCUGGUCCUUCGAACUUCAAAGAAUGUCAAAUUGGCGGAGACCCGACGGAUUUCAUAAAAGUGGAGCCGGAGACGUCAGAACCAGUUCUUCCCAAAAAGAAAAAUGCUCCAUUUGCUUCGAAAGAACCUGCGCAAAGAUCGAUGUCUAGCCAGAGAUCUGCUCCGAGAACUCCUGAAAGAAACUUCUCUGGCAGUUCAGCCACGAAAAACCAAAGAGCCGAACCGAAAACGCCUUCGAGAGCAGUCACUCCGCUGCGGACGGGAGGCCCAAAUGCUAGAGGGCACGUUAGAAAAACCCCCACGAGGCAGAGGUUCGCUACGCCGAAUAGAAAGGCAGCACGAAGCAAAUCGAGAGGCUCGCCGCCCGCCAGUCGAGUCGUAAGUCAUUUUAUUUUUUAUCUUUUCUAUUUGACAAUCCAAUCUUUAUCAGAACAAAAUGAUAUUUCCGCACAGAAAAAAGAAACAUUAUGCCGUUAUAGUUUAUCCACCUUUGAAAAAAAAAAGGGAAUAAAACCUGAAAUAAAUAUUCCAACUUAUUUGACUCGACAUUUGGCGCGAUAAUAUCAUAACGAAGAUAGUUUCACCCUGUUAACUAGAAAAUAAUUAUCCGUUCUCUGUGAUUAUGCUCACAAGUCUCUCAAAAUAUUCAUCUUCUUCUUUUUUAAUGUCUAGUUUUUUGAACAUUGUUUGAAAAAGCGACCGAUUAGUUUAACAAAUCUGAGAGUAUUUGAACACACUUCCGCUGAAUCUCUUGCAUCAUAAUAUACUCUUCAUGGGAAUUACAGUGGGUAAACUGUUUUGCUAUUAUGGGGAAUUUAAAGUUGAGAAAAUGCGAAAAAUUUUCGGAAUUGCAGGUGCCUGAUAAUUUCUUUCCGCGUUUGGGGAAGUCGUGCGAAAGGUCGGGCGUUUCAUACAAAACGGUCAGUUGAGCUGAAAAAGCCGCACAUCUUCAUGCUCAUCUUCAGGCUCCAAACGCUUUCCGAUCGCGAUCUAAAUCGCCUUCCGUCAACCCGGUUCCGCAGUUUUCUAGGAAUUCGUUUGGUGAGCUUGAUGAAAUCAAACUAAGAAAAUUUUUUUUAAAUCUGAGUAGAAAAAGGUCUCAUCUCAACACUUCAAACAUGUUUUCAUUUGAAAGUCCCAAAACCUUCGAGAAUUCUUCACAAAUCUACUUUUGUGCACUGGCAGAUAAAAUGAAGCACUUUGAUUUUUGAAACUUCUCACAACUUGAAAGCUACAAAAUUAUCUUUAAAAUCAGCAACAAAAAUCGCUCGAUCAAAGAAAACUGAAUCAAAAAAAUGUUCAAGAAAAAAUAAUUUUAUCGAUUUUCUUGGCUCUUUUUUUAGUGAAGAGAAAAAUGACCUGAAAACUACGAAUUUCUAAUAGUGAGCGUCGAUAACUUCACGUGGAAACUAUUAUUGCGAUUUUUCUCAAGUAAAAUUGCAUGGAAAUAUUCUUUUAUGACAAAUUUUCAAUGUUUUGGUAAUCCCGCAUCGACUGCAGCACGUACCUGGUCUUGGGGAAAAAAAGACUUUUUCAGCAGGAUUUGAAUUGACGAGAAUUUCUUUCAGGGGGCAACAAGACGCCGACCGACCGUUCAUCGACGGUUCGUCGUCCGCCACCCAGCCAGAAAAUGAAAUACCUCAUCCAAGACGGGGCUGAUCUGAGGCCGCCGGCAAAGUCGCCAAACAAGUCUUUUAAUUAUCAUGGGAGCAGGGCGGGCUCGGCGAGCCCCAACCGUUAUCCUUGCUCGCCUUCAGAACAUGUUUUUCUUUCCUUCCUGGACGAGUUCUCAAUGAUCCUUUUUUCAGUGGAACGACGCGAGGUCCCCCGGAGAACCAAGCGCUGGCGUAAGUUAUGUUUGUAUUAAUAAAUUUUUUCUUUUAAAUUUAGAAUUACCUCAAAAGGUAAAUUUGUUUUGAAGGUAAAGUUUGCUUGAAAACGUGUUUUGCAAGACCUUCAGCGGUCGAAUCAUUGCGAGCCACAAACCUCGACUCUGUUGAAAACUUUUCACAAUGCUGGGCUCCGAGGAGCACCGAGAGACCAAAAUGACGUUAAAAACGUAAAUUCAGACCGAUGGUCUUGCGAAAGUUCGAUUUUUCCGACUUGAAAAGUGACUUGGUUGAUGUAGGUUCAAAAUAAAAAAGUGAUGACAGAAGGGUCUUGUGGAAAAACCUCCAAAAAAGGCAAGGCAUUGAACCUCGAAAACUUACGUUUUUAGACCAAAUUUUCGUUCAAAACGAAAUUUCAACUAAUUAGUCGACUUAUUUGCCUGUAAAUGGCUUUAAACGAUAACACAGGGGAUUUAGCUCCAAGUUUAACAUUCAGCAAGAGUUUGACAAGAAAAAAAUAAUUUUGACCAUUUCCCAAGACGUACUCUUGGGGCGAGAGGUUAAGUUGCGCGCAUUCGGCGUGAUUUCGCGACAUGAUGUUCUUCGAAAUCUCCCCAUGAAAUGGCAUCAAAUUGACACUAAUGGAAGAACACAUCUUUGAGAGUAGUAACUUUUACGGCAAAUGGCAUUUGUGCUCAAAGUGACCAAAAAACCAACAAGUGGCCACCCACUACCGUAACCCGGCUACAGUAAGAGGGAAUGACUUUGAAAAAAGUUGCUUCCGCAUUUCUGAUGAUGGGUUAUCAAGAGUUUUUAAAGAUUGAUUCAUUAUGUAUACGCAUAUAAAGAAAUUCACUUAAAAACCGGCUGCAGAAAAAAGUCCAUUUUUUUUUUUCGAAAAAUGGCGUUUUUCCAAUCCACAUAAUUAUAGAGCCACCUCAGGUUUUUUUAAUUAUUAAAAAAAUCUUUAUCGACUCUUUUUUUCCGGUUUUUUUGGCUGAAUUUUUUUGUUCAACAUUCAGUAGUUAAAUAAAAAAAGAAAAAUAGCUCCAAAAGUCAAAAAGAAAUCCGAUUUUUUUCGAAUAGGAGGCGCAUUAUGCUUUGGCCAUGAAAUGACCUUGAUAUCGACAAAAAGUUUGUUUUCCAAACUUUUCUCUUUAAAUGGUCAUCAAAAAUUAAAAUGAACAUCAAAUAAAACCUAAAAGUAAGAAAACGUGAAAUGAAAAUAUUGAGCCACUUAUGACACAAAAAUAUUUUUUCGGUUAUAUCAAGCUUCUUAUUUUCAAAGGGCAAUAUUGAAGGGUUUCAGCCGUCAAGCGCCGACAAAAGACGCCAUCCGGGCUACAGCGACGAAGGUUCCGCAGCGAAAAAAGCAAGAGACGAUACAAUGGACGACCUUCUGGAUCUUCAAAACAGACAAAAAGCGAUAAAGGCGAGUUUGGAGGUGCGAGAUCGAGAGAAGAUCCGGAAAGAAGAAGAGCUCCUGGCGAAAUGCACCGCGCAACAAGUUUGUUUUUUUUUAUUCACAACUCAAAUCUUCAUCUAUUAUAAUUGAAUUUAGAAAAUGGAGUUUUAUUGUCGAGUUUAGCGGGAGUUAUUUUCACUUAAUAAAAAAAGAAAUUUUUAGUAUUUGAAACGAAUGUCCUGAUGGGAAAAUUUCAGUAGUGAACCCAUGAACAGUUAAAACCAAGAACUUUUUAGAAAAAAGUUUUUUGCGAAUUUCCUUCGAUAGUUUUAAAAAAUGAUCGUGAAGAAGGCAAUGUUUUUUUCCGGUAUUUUUCCAUCGUCAUUAGUUUGGAAACUUUCUAAAAUCAAUUUUUAACCCUACUUUCGCCUGUACCAAGAAAAAAAAAACGUUUUCCAGGUUUCAAUAACCGAGCAAGUCAAAGAAACGAUGGAGCGCCAGAAAGCCGCACCGAAGCCGGCGGCGCCGGCCUCGACGGCUCACACGCUUUUCGAAAACUGGAUUACGACGUCUUCCCACGAGCCACGCGUCGCCGCCGGCUCUUCGAAAAACUCCGAAUCUACGCCUGUACCUCCAAGUCGAUCUGCAAACGUUCAGCGGCCUCAACCUCCAACUAAAGAUGACCGCCAAAAGGAAAAAUCAAGCUUCUCACGGGCCAACGUCGUCGCUCGAGCUCCUCGAGCUCCUGCGCCAGCUCAAACGCAGCCACCUUCUGCUUCUGCAGCGGAAGGCCAGAAAAACAGUUCCAACGUGGCUGAGCUGAUUGCGGCUAACCCGGAUCCUCAGCCUCAGCCCGGAAGAGAACGAAAGCCGAACGAUUCACACCAACCGCCACCGGACAAAAAUCACCAGCUUCCGAGUCAAACUACGGCUGCGUCGCAGAACUCGGGCGUAGUCGCAAUUCCGCGAAAUCCGCAUCAGAUGCUCAUGCCGCAGCCGAAUUGGCCGAAUCAGCCUUACCACCAGUCGAUGCCUCAAGGUCCAAAUCCGGGUUUUUAUUACCACCCUCAGAUGUUUUUCUACGAACCGUAUUUCGCAACACAAAGGGAGGAAUCGUAAGCAUCACUUUUUAAAAUUAAAAAAAAUAAUGCUACGUUUUUUUAAAUAUCAGAAGCGUACGGCCAGUAGAAUCUGAUAAUGUUCGAAUGAGAAAAAAACUGUUUUAUAAAUCAUGAUAUUGACCAUACCACUGAUAAUUUUUAUUGUGAUUUAUUCGUCGAGCUUCUGAAAUUUCAGUUUGUUAGGGGUUAAUUUACUACUCAAAAUAAUUUUUUUCUGCCGUUUCAAAUUUAUUUUACAAAGGGAGGUCAUUUUUUUCUCCGCGGUUCGGAAAUUUAUACGGAUUUGAUCAAAUAAUCUCUGAAUGUCUAGAUGAACUCCAAAAAUUAAUUAUUUUUUUAAAUCUAUAAACUAGCGCAUAUUGCAACUCUGAUACUGGAAGUUAGCGCAGGUAACGCCUAUGAUGGAUCUUCAUCUAGACAUUUAGAGAGUUUCUAAGAGAGUUGGUAAGAAAAUCCAAACCGCAAAGUUAAGUUAUUUCCUAUGUUAAAGACGAACCUCGAAAAAUGAUUUUAUUUUUAAUUUUAGUUUUAGGAUACAAGUUUUUUUUUGAGUGCACAGUUCAGGAAAAAAAUAUCUGAGUUAUAGUUUUUUGCUAGUCAAGAUUUAGUCGAUUUCUGUUUAUCUGCGGCAGUUUUGCAGCCAUGCAGCAAGAAUACCCGAAUUAUUCAAGUUAUACGCCUCCGGGACUGAUGCCAGUGCCGCCUCCGCUGCCGCAGUACAUUCCGUUGCCGCCGUCGCGUCCGCCUCCGGAGCAGAUUCCAGUGCCGCAACCGGUGCCGAGGCCGCAGCUGACUUAUGAAGGAACUCCGAACAGACAACGCCAGCAGAGUGGCGAUUCUUUGAACAGAGCUUGUGAAGGGCCUUCUUCCAGCAGAGUUUUCGCUGUCCCACCUCCGCCGGUUUUGCCCGUCAGUUUUCGAUUCAGUCCUUCUUUUUUUUUUACGGUUUUUGAGCAUGUAGCUAGACAAUUCAGUUAAACCAAGUUUCAUCUCAGAGCUGCGAAAGGUAUACAAAAGCUCAUCAAUGAAAAUCCGUCUGGUGGUUUGAUAUCAUGUUCUUCUUUUAAAAAGAACAAUAUUUCAGUUUUAUGCACAUUUUUGAACUCCGGCAUCAUUAUUUUGUCGAUGAAGCAAGAUAUGAACUUUUCAUUUCAAAGAUGUAAUGUUAUUGAGCACUUGAACAUCUUUUCAGAAGUUUCACUCAAGUAUGUGUUAAGAUUGCAGUGAAAGAGAACAAGAAAAUACUUAUGUACCAUGAAAAUAUUUUCAAGUACUAAUAUAAAAUCAAAAAAAAAUCAUCUUGAUUCAGAAUCGAGAAAGUCACUUUUCAUCUCCUCCCAACUCGAAUAUUCAUGAAGACCGAGGCCCGAGUGAUCGCAAUUAUUCGGUAAUUUAUCUUCUUUAAAGCAAAAUCAAGAGUUAUAACUUUUCAAUCAACGAUUCUUAACUUGCUGAAUAGCUAAAAAGGCUUAACGUCUGAAAUCCUCUUUCUAUGAGCCUUUUUAAGGGUCAGUCUCGUUCAUCUGCAUUGCCGACGGCUUCAACCACGAAUUUCCGCGAUAACAAAGGCCACGACAACUCUUCGGUUAUUUUUUUUUUUCUUCCUUUCAUAUAAUUAGUAGUCUUUCAUAAAAAAAAUUUUUCUAUUUAGAAAUUAUAAUUGAGAGAAACCUAUAUAUAAUUUUUUUAAAAUAUAUUCUUUACUUACAAUUACUUGUUAGUCACGCAUUCUCAUAAAGAAGUUUGAAAUUUUUCAUGGAUUUGCCGAAAAACUUGCAUAGCCUUGACCGCAAAAUCAGGUCUAAAACAAAGUUUGUAACUUCAAAAAAUUAGUUUAAAAGAGCGUUCGGGACAAAUUCAUAGAAAAUUUCACUAUUCAAAUUAAGAUUACAUCUGCCGUCAUUUUAUUUCAAAUUUAAUGAGAAUUUUUUGUGUACUGGCGUGGUAAUGCUCCAGAAAAAGAGAUUAUUUCUAAAAUAGUAUACAUUUUAGAAUCUUCCAUCGAGGGAUCCUGAAAGGCGUCAACGCAAGUGA